AGCCGCGAGGAGCCAGUCUAUCUUGCUCGCGCAGGUUAGAACGCAACGAGAUGGCUUUGACGGCGAAGGGGCUCGGCGGACUGUCAACGCAGUUGUUGCGAAGCAAGGCGUGUUCGUACGCCGCGGCGAGAUGCUACGCCGAGAGACCAAAACCAUGGAACCACCUCUGGAGGCCGGGGGUGUACAAGAAGGAGGAUCACGACAAGAUCGCCGAGAAGUACCACUUGCACCCCAAGGACUACCAGCCCUACCCAAAUAACGAGAAAUUCAUCGGCGAUUACCCGAAGCUGCCCAUGGUAGGACCGGCCGCCAAGGACCCGUACUAUCCGUACGACAUACCGGUGUUCAGGAAAAAUUAUUGCGAGCCGGUGCACGACCAGUUUGAAGUCAUGGGCGAGGAUCGCUUCAGCUACGGCUACAAGUACAGAAUCAGUCUGUAUUGGGGGACGGCCGGCUUCUUCGCCACCAUCCUCGUUUGCGCGACGAUCACUUACUUGUUGCAACCUUACCCGUCGUUCAUACCGAGAAUGGAGAAGCAGAUGCCGCAGCAGGGCGUAGUGCACUACUCAUUCGAGCCAGCAGAUUCGUGAAGAUAGGACGAGUAGCCUCGAGUAGAUAUAAUUAGCCUCGAGUCCGAUUUAAUUAUGAACACACGAGUUGUAUGGAUGGUAUUUAUAUUACAACAUAUAUAUGUAUAUAUCUCUGCUGUGUUUCUGCAACAGCUCAAUUUUCCCUUGUUAUAACUUCAGUUUCUUUUGCCUCUACUUGUACCAUAGCCUUCAAUCUCUAUCUCACGAAGAAGUAAUAAAUUGUUAAUCGAUAUCCUA